GCCGCUCAAGCAUUAUCGGCCAGUUCGUCGUGGUGGCAAGUGCCUCUUCGUCGUUUCGUCGGACUCGCGUCAUAUCGGCGUCCGAGAAUGCGGUCCCUCUGCGCAUUUGUCGUGUUCCUGGUGCUCGCUGCGGCCACGGCGGAGAACUAUCUCGACGAGACGUUCAGCGAGGAUUCAUGGGCAGACAACUGGAUCUACUCCGAGCACUCGGGAAAGGAAUUCGGGAAGUUCGCUUUAUCCCACGGAAAGUUCUGGAACGAUCCCGAGAAUGACAAAGGUAUCCAGACGUUGCAGGACGCGAAGUUUUACGCUAUCAGCAGGAAGUUCACUCCAUUUAGCAAUAAGGAUAAGACACUCGUAGUCCAAUUUUCUGUCAAGCAUGAGCAGAACAUUGAUUGCGGUGGUGGAUAUGUCAAGGUGUUCGAUUGCUCGCUCGACCAGAAGAACAUGCAUGGCGAGAGCCCGUACCAGAUUAUGUUCGGACCCGACAUCUGUGGACCGGGCACCAAGAAGGUUCACGUCAUCUUCAGCUACAAGGGCAAAAACCUCCUGAUCAACAAGGAAAUUCGUUGCAAAGACGAUAUCUACACGCAUCUGUACACCCUGAUCGUCAAGCCGGACAACACGUAUAAGGUGCUGAUCGACAAUGAGGAAGUGGAAUCCGGCGAAUUGGAAGCGGACUGGAGCUUCCUGCCGCCGAAGAAGAUCAAGGAUCCCAAUCAGAGCAAGCCCUCUGACUGGGAUGACAAACCCACGAUCGACGAUCCCGAUGACAAGGAGCCCGAGGACUGGGACAAGCCCGAGCACAUUCCCGAUCCUGAGGCUGUCAAGCCAGAGGACUGGGAUGACGAGAUGGACGGCGAGUGGGAGGCGCCCAUGAUCGACAAUCCUGACUACAAGGGUGAGUGGAAACCGAAGCAAAUCGACAAUCCAAACUACAAGGGACCAUGGAUCCAUCCAGAGAUCGAUAAUCCCGAGUACACGCCCGAUCCCGAGCUGUACAAGCGCGACGAGAUCUGCGCCAUCGGUUUCGACCUGUGGCAGGUUAAGUCCGGCACCAUCUUCGACAAUGUCCUGAUCACCGAUGAUCCGGAGGUCGCACGCAAAGUGGGAGAAGACAUCUGGAAACCCACCAUUGAGGGCGAGAAGAAGAUGAAGGAGGAACAAGACGAGGAUGAGAGAAAGCAGAGAGACAAGGAGGCCAAGGAAAGCGAAGACAGUAAAGAUGACGAGGACGAUGAGGAUCUGGACGAGGAGGAGAACACUCCGCCAGAUACUGAAGAGCACGACGAAUUGUAAAUAGGGCGUGUGUCGCGCGUGGAGACAACACACACAGACUGUAUUCCAGGAGCUACGUGGCCGCGACACGCACCAAUUCUCCCACAGGCACAAAAUUAUAAUCCAAAGACACGCAAUAACAGAACAGGUUCAAAGAAAUACCCUCGCCGAUUACCCCGUCCGUCGCGGUAUGGACCGCGUGGACGCGUCGUCGCAUCAGAUUCCGUUUUUAGGCUCCGAGUGAAGAGGAUUUCGCCCGGUUUUCUUAACGUUUCGGCAGUGGUUUCGGCCUUCGUAUCGCAGCGCCUAACAGCGUUCUUAGUCCGAAAUAACUUCUAUAAUUCGAGUGUGAAUCGCCGCUGAGACAUUAACGUGCUUUCGAUCAAAGUGACCGAAAUACUUCCGCGAGAUACCCAAGGUACGCAUGCUGGAAUACGGACGAAGAUAAUAGAAAAUAGAACAAGAAAGAAAAACUAGAGAGAGAGAGAGAAACAAGAGAAGAGAGAGAGUCGUCUAGCCCGUGUCCACCAUCGGCGCAGCUCCACAAAAGACUCUAAGUUGUUCCGUUUUUGUUUGUCAAGUGUUUUUAUAUACAUUAAAUGAUAAUUGAGAUGUAAUUUAAAUAUAACGCAAUACUAUAUUAUAUAAAUAUAUAUAUAUAUAUUAUAUUAUUUCAAUUCCCGUGUACGCGUAAUUAAGGCAAAAAAAAGAGAACAAAAAAUUCGCUCCAAUGUAAGAGGGAAAAAAAACGUAAGAAUGAUGGAUGUGUGAAAACGUGACUGAAUGCUAACAAUCGGUAUGAUUAUGUAUCAAAAGCAAAAACUCAAUAACCGUGUAAUAAAAUAAAUAAGACUUUUC